CAGAAGCUCCGGUGCACGGAGGAGCGAGCGCAAUGGCCGAAGAGUAGCCGCUCGAUGGACCAUUCGCCGACGCCGUUCUCCCGGAGGUGCCAGAGCACCUCCGCGGCGGCCAUUGGGGGGAGCUGUCCGAGGAGGUGGGGGUGGGCGCCUCUGCUGGCAGCCGGGCUGCUCAGCCUCUUUCUGGGAGGGAUGCCCCGGAGCACCGCGUUUCCCUCCUGGAGGACCGAGGAAGAAGCUUACACCACUGUGUUGCUCAUCGGAAUGCGCAAAGAGGCCCACUCGCAAGUGCUGCACCUCUCCAGGAACAAGCGCUACACCCUCACGCCGGAGAAGCUCAAAUGGGACAAAUUCAAGCUCACAUACAAGUUGCUGUCCUAUCCCACAAAUCUGAUCAAUGCCACAGAUACGCGCCGAGGCAUUGCGAAGGCUUUCGCCAUGUGGAGUGACGUCUCUCCUUUCAGUUUCCGAGAGGUGCCGGCAGACCAGGAGGCGGACAUUAAAAUAGGCUUCUACCCCAUCAACCACACGGACUGCCUGGAAUCCUACUUGCACCACUGUUUCGACGGGAUCACAGGAGAACUGGCACAUGCUUUUUUCCCGCCAACGGGCGAGAUCCACUUCGACGACUCCGAAUACUGGAUUCUGGGGAACAUGCGGUUCAGCUGGAAAAAAGGAGUUUGGCUCACAGACCUCGUCCACGUGGCAACGCACGAGAUAGGUCACGUGUUGGGACUCAUGCACUCCAGGGACCCGAAAGCGAUCAUGCACCUGAACGCAACACUGACCGGCCGCAAGCUCAUUACACAGGAUGAGGUGUGGGGUUUGCACCGUCUGUAUGGAUGUUUGGACCGCUUCUUCAUCUGUCCGUCGUGGGCUCGUAAAGGCUAUUGUGAAAGCAAGCGCAAGCUGAUGCAGAAGCACUGCCCCUCCAGCUGCGAUUUCUGUUACGAAUUCCCUUUCCCAACAGUGGCUCCCACAUCAACACCCCCGAGAACCAAACACAAGCUGGUGGUGGAGGGCAAAAAGCUGACGUUCCGUUGCGGGAAGAAAAUAGCAUCAAAGAAAGGCAAAGUAUUCUGGUUCAAGGACGGCGAGCUUCUCGAGUUCUCGCAUCCGAAUUACAUCACCUUGAAGAACGACCACAUCACUAUAGUGGCCAACGCCAUCAACGAGGGUACAUACACCUGCAUCGUGAAGAAGAAAGACAAAGUUCUCACCAAAUACUCAUGGAGAGUGCGUGUGCGAUUCUAAUAAAUUGAAUACUUUUUUUUUUCACUUGGGCACAUAUUUCUUUUAUACCUUCUAUUCUAUGUACUGUUUUGUUUGUGCAAAUGUCAUUCCACGUGAGCUAAAUAAAAUACUCAUCCCAGGUAUCCAUACAUCUUAAGUAUUCCUGUGAGGUACUAGAAAGGUAUCAUUGACAUUCCCACUAGGAGACCACUCGUGUAAUGAAUUCCAAGACAUACUGUUGAAAAAAAACAAAGUAAUUUGUUAUUCAGACUGUUUAGGUCAGUUGUCUGUGCAUUCCGCUGCCCUGGUGGUAGUGGGAGUUAGCUCAAAAUAUUACAUAUUUAUUUAAUUGUAUGUUAAUCAGACCUCAAUUUGACUUUAAACUACUUAAGUCAUAUUAAUUAAAAAUGUUGCAAAGUUAACUUGUGUUUUCUAGCAAAACACGAAAAAUACAUUGAAAUUUGGUUGAAUUGAAAUUUAGAUUUUUGUCUUUUUAAAGUGAACCUUCCUACUCUUGUGCUUUCAUAUUGACUGCAACUGACAGCAAUAGGCGUCCAAUCCCUU